CAGAAGUAGAGUCACCAGACUGGGGUUCAGAUCCAUUCCUGCCCCUCACUAGCUGUUUGGGCAGCCGACCUAAACUCUCUGAGCUCUGUUUAUUGACUGUAAACCCAGCCUAACAGGACCUAGUGAGGAGGGACUGCAGACAGGUGUUAGUUAAGGUCGCAAGUGUGGUUUAGCAGUCUCAGUCCCCACCCAAGCACUGCCUUGGGGAUUAGACCGUGACCUCCCAGCACCUGCUAAGACUCACAGGGUUUGAAAGGAAUAGGAGACCACCCCCCUCAUUCCUGGGGAGAUGUCAGUUCACCCAAUUGGAAACUGAAUGUCAAAUGAAAUGGUGCCAGAAUACUGUCACUGCAUCUAGUAUCUUGGACAGAGCAUCAGUACCAGUGAGUGGGUGAUGAGAGUUUGGGGGCACUAGCUUGGGAAGGUUUCCUGGAGGAAAUGACCUCGAACAAGGUCAUGACUAUCUUGGACCUGUUUUUCUGGGUGCCAGGCAGCGUGAAGGGCUGGGUUGCGGGAAGUGAAGGGCACAGUGCCCCCUUGGGGGAGUAGCUAUACUGGGAGGCAGACUGGCAUGCAGAGCUGGCAGUGACAGGAAAGCCUGGCAUUAGGGAGAGGAAGAGAGAAGUGGGCAGGGCUGUGGCAGAGACAGGGGACAAGCCAUGAUGGGCUGGAAAGGCCUGGCAGUGGAUGACUCUGGUCCCAGGAGGCUCUUCAUAUGAGGAGAGAGGAGCAGCACGUGUCAGGGACUGGGGCAGAAGUGGGAGUCUGAGGGGAGGCACAGACCCUCCUCAUAAACACGGAGGAGCUGGCUGCAGUUCCAAAACUGUUUGCACAUACUUUGUUCUCUUUGAUCAGAAACGGGGGCCCUGUGAACUUCUUAAAUCCAGGGGUAUGCCCCAGCAGGCGGAGGGGAAGGGAAGGAAUGCUAACUGGUACAAAGAGACAUUCACAAACACCAGUUAGGAACCAUACCCUGUGCUAGUUCUUUCCCAAAAUUUCACCUCUCCCAGUACCAUUCGAGGUUCGCCUCAGCCCCGUUCUGCUGAAGAGGAAUUCAUGUGCAGAUUGGCCUUCUGGUGACCCCCAAGAGUGGGAGCCAGGAGGAGAACACUGGUGGAGGAGGUGGUACCAGUGGCCAGUGGCACAGCUGGAGGUGACGAUGGGGGUGCCUCGGGGCGCCCCCUGACCAAAGCUCAGCCUGGGCAUCGAAGCUACAACCUUCAGGAGAGAAGACGCAUUGGGAGUAUGACCGGGGCAGAGCAAGCACUGCUGCCCCGUGUCCCCACUGAUGAAAGUGAGGCCCAGACGCUAGCCACGGCUGACCUUGACCUCAUGAAGAGUCACAGGUUUGAGGAUGUUCCUGGGGUGCGACGGCAUUUGGUACGGAAGAACGCCAAAGGGUCUGUGCAGAGUGUGCGGGAAGGGCGAGAGCCCGGCCCCACGCCUCGGGCCCGACCCCGGGCCCCCCACAAGCCCCAUGAGGUGUUUGUGGAGUUGAAUGAGUUGCUGCUGGACAAAAACCAGGAGCCUCAGUGGCGGGAGACAGCCCGUUGGAUCAAAUUUGAGGAGGACGUGGAGGAGGAGACCGAGCGCUGGGGGAAGCCCCAUGUGGCCUCACUCUCCUUUCGCAGUCUCCUGGAGCUCCGCCGGACCCUGGCCCAUGGAGCUGUGCUCUUGGAUCUGGACCAGCAGACCCUGCCUGGGGUGGCCCACCAAGUAGUAGAGCAGAUGGUCAUCUCCGACCAGAUCAAGGCCGAGGACAGGGCCAAUGUGCUGCGGGCCCUUCUGUUGAAACACAGCCACCCGAGUGAUGAGAAGGACUUCUCCUUCCCCCGUAACAUCUCAGCUGGCUCCUUGGGCUCCCUGCUAGGGCAUCACCAUCCCCAGGGGGCUGAGAGUGACCCACACGUCACUGAGCCUCUCAUUGGUGGUGUUCCUGAGACCCGGCUGGAGGUGGAUCGAGAGCGUGAACUGCCACCUCCAGCCCCACCAGCUGGCAUCAUUCGUUCCAAGUCUAAGCAUGAGCUAAAGCUGCUAGAGAAGAUCCCUGAGAAUGCCGAGGCUACCGUGGUCCUCGUGGGCUGUGUGGAGUUCCUCUCCCGCCCCACCAUGGCCUUCGUGCGGCUACGGGAGGCUGUAGAACUGGAUGCAGUGUUGGAGGUGCCUGUGCCCGUGCGUUUCCUCUUUCUGCUGCUGGGCCCCAGCAGCGCCAACAUGGACUACCACGAGAUCGGCCGCUCUAUCUCCACCCUCAUGUCCGACAAGCAAUUCCAUGAGGCAGCCUAUCUGGCAGAUGAACGGGAUGACCUGCUGACUGCCAUCAAUGCCUUCCUGGACUGCAGCGUGGUGCUCCCCCCCUCGGAAGUACAGGGCGAGGAACUCCUGCGUUCUGUCGCUCACUUCCAGCGCCAGAUGCUCAAGAAACGGGAAGAGCAGGGCCGGCUGCUGCCCCCAGGAUCUGGGCUGGAGCCCAAGUCUGCCCAAGAUAAGGCACUCCUGCAGAUGGUGGAGGUGGUAGGUGCAGCUGAAGAUGAUCCCCUUCGUCGGACGGGCCGGCCCUUCGGGGGCCUGAUCCGUGAUGUGAAGCGUCGCUAUCCCCACUACCUGAGUGACUUCCGAGAUGCACUUGACCCCCAGUGUCUGGCUGCCGUCAUCUUCAUCUAUUUUGCUGCUCUGUCUCCUGCCAUCACCUUUGGGGGGCUGCUGGGAGAGAAGACGCAGGAUCUGAUAGGCGUGUCAGAGCUGAUCAUGUCCACAGCGCUCCAGGGUGUGAUCUUCUGUCUGCUGGGGGCUCAGCCAUUAUUGGUGAUUGGCUUCUCGGGCCCCCUGCUGGUCUUUGAGGAAGCCUUCUUCUCGUUCUGUAGUAGCAACCAGCUGGAGUACCUGGUGGGCCGCGUGUGGAUUGGCUUCUGGCUGGUGCUCUUGGCCCUGCUCAUGGUGGCCCUGGAGGGGAGCUUCCUGGUCCGCUUUGUCUCCCGCUUCACCCAGGAGAUCUUCGCCUUCCUUAUCUCCCUCAUUUUCAUCUAUGAGACCUUCUACAAGCUGGUCAAGAUCUUCCAGGAGCAUCCCCUCCACGGCUGUUCAGUCUCCAAUAGCUCAGAGGCAGACAGCGACAAUAUAACGUGGGCCAGAGCAACAACCACACUGGGACCAGGCAAUGGGAGCUUGGCUGGGCAGUCUGGGCAAGGGAGACCCCGGGGCCAGCCCAACACAGCCCUGCUGUCACUGGUGCUCAUGGCUGGCACCUUCUUCAUUGCCUUCUUCCUACGCAAAUUCAAGAAUAGCCGGUUCUUCCCCGGCCGGAUACGGCGGGUGAUUGGGGACUUUGGGGUGCCCAUCGCAAUCCUCAUCAUGGUGCUUGUGGAUUACAGUAUUGAGGACACCUACACCCAGAAGCUGAGUGUGCCCAGUGGAUUCUCAGUGACAGCUCCAGAAAAGCGGGGCUGGGUCAUCAACCCCCUGGGGGAGAAGAGUCCCUUCCCUGUGUGGAUGAUGAUUGCCAGCCUGCUGCCUGCCGUCCUGGUCUUCAUCCUCAUCUUCAUGGAGACGCAGAUCACCACGCUGAUCAUCUCUAAGAAGGAGCGAAUGCUGCAGAAGGGCUCUGGCUUCCACCUGGACCUGCUGCUCAUCGUAGCCAUGGGUGGCAUCUGUGCCCUCUUUGGCCUGCCCUGGUUGGCUGCUGCCACUGUCCGCUCUGUCACUCAUGCCAACGCACUCACUGUCAUGAGCAAGGCUGUGGCGCCGGGGGACAAGCCCAAGAUUCAGGAGGUCAAAGAACAGCGGGUUACAGGCCUGCUGGUGGCCCUGCUUGUGGGCCUUUCCAUGGUUAUCGGGGAUCUGCUCCGGCAGAUCCCCCUGGCUGUGCUCUUUGGAAUUUUCCUGUACAUGGGAGUCACUUCCCUUAAUGGGAUCCAGUUCUAUGAACGGUUGCACCUGCUGCUCAUGCCACCCAAACACCAUCCAGACGUCACCUACGUCAAAAAGGUUCGGACCCUGCGAAUGCACGUGUUCACAGCUCUGCAGCUGCUCUGCCUGGCCCUGCUCUGGGCUGUUAUGUCCACAUCCGCCUCCCUGGCCUUCCCCUUCAUCCUCAUUCUCACAGUACCACUGCGCAUGGUGGUGCUCACCCGUAUCUUCACCGAGCGAGAGAUGAAAUAUCUGGACGCUAAUGAGGCGGAGCCAGUGUUUGAUGAGCGCGAGGGUGUGGACGAAUACAAUGAGAUGCCCAUGCCUGUGUAGCUGCUGCCCAGGGACUGAAUGAUGGACAGAGGGAAUGGGCUGGUGGGAUGGGUUUCCCCUCCCCCUCCCAGUUUUUAUUUAAGUGAAUAAUUUAAAGUCCCCUUCUCCCCACCCCUGCAGUAAAGUGCUUCGGCCCCCACCUA